AUGUCUGUAUUGUCCAGUUUAUUCAGAUUGCCUACAGUGAGACAUGUAGUCAAGAAACCAGGAGUAAACUGGUCUUACUCAAAGCCGAGGUCAUAUGCAGAUAAACAUAAAACAGAAAUUAACAAAGAUAAACAAAGUCAGCUUCAGGGCACCGAGAAUGAACAGCGUAUGCGUGUUCGUCGGGCGCGACCGUCCGACGUUCCACGGGUCCUCCGCUUCGUACGGGAGAAUGCGCGGACAUCUUGGCCGGGAUUCAUCUCGCCUCCAACCCCUGCUCAUACAGUCCUUUGCGACUACAUCAGCAGGGCAUUAUCACAAGGCCAUUCUAUGUUAGCUGAACAACAGGAGUCGCGCCGCGGUUGGUCACAAAUACGAGGUCUAGCUCUCGGUUUGGCUGUUUGUCCAUGGGAUGCUGAGAUUCUGGAGCGUUGGGCGCGCUGUAUCAGAUGUAGUCGAUCAAAGCGACUUGUGCACUUUACAGCGCACUGCCUGCGUGCGCCCGCGUUGCAUGAAAAAUACCGUGUUCAUAAUAUAUUACAGGUAAUUCUAAUAGUUCCACGAAAUUCCCCAAAGAACUCUGAGAUAGUUCACAUCUUAGCGAAAAACGCAAUACAGAGGGGUCGUGACGUAGGCAUCCCUGUUUUACGCUUCGAUGUCAUGGAGAACACUGUCGCAAAAGCUUUGGAAGAGAUGAAACUAAAUAAGGAAUGGCAGUUCUCAUACGACAUACUACCAGAUACAAUAAAAAGUCAAAAUGUUCAACCUGUGCACCUAGAAAACAUUACCGACGCCAAUGUAAUGCAAAAUGCAAAAAACACUGCAGAAAGAAAACCAUCGAAAACAAUAACAGAAAACAGCAUAGUAGUGUAUACGGCAUUCGCUGAUAAGCUUUGA